AUGCAGGCCAUCCGUGGCUAUUGGACACCAGUGUCCGAUCCAAGCAACGCGAGCAACUCCCUUGUUGUAACGAGGGUAUCCGGGUCCACGGCGCAGUUUGUCUUUCAGGGGAGCUCGCUGGAGGUUUGGGGGGCGCAAAUAAAACCAAUUGAGGGUCCCAAUGACGGCUCCUCGUACACCAUCGACGGAGACAAGGCCACAGUUACGAAUUUUCAAGAUCUCUCGAAUAUCAACGACGGGAUUCUUCACAACUGGACUGGUAGUGACGGAACGCAUACACUCACCAUAGAAAACGACGGUGCGACCCUCGGCAUCGACUUCUUCAGGAUCGGUAGUCCUACAGUCACUUCUCCAGACUCGGAAUCAUCGACAGCCUUUUCGUCCUCUCAAUCUGGAGCCCAAACAACAGUAACCAGCACGAGUCUGACAACAUCGUCUAUGCCGAUCAUUUCAGCUACUAGCUCUCUUGUGUCGUCGUCACUCUCCGAUGGGUCUUCUCCAAGCGAUACCGCAACAUAUUCCUCAUCAUCUCUAUCAUCGGAAGGUGCUACCGCCACAUCUUCCCCCACACCACUCACACUCAGUACCCCGUCGAAUACCGGUUUUCCGGUCUCCGGCGGCAGCACCAACGGCAACCACGCGCCGCCCGCCUCCAGCUCAAGCAGCGGCACCAAUGGCACAUCGGGCGGCCUCAGCAAGAACGGCGGGCUAUCCGCGGGGGCUAUCGCAGGCAUCGUGAUCGGUCUACUGCUGCUGCUCCUGCUCGGCGCGCUCUGGCUCGUGCGCAGGCGGAGACGAGCGCAGACACGGAGCGCGCUCCACCGAUUCGAACCGCGCGCCUUCGUCACCACCUCGCCACAGCCCCACGCCGCGCCGUCGCCGGAUCCACUGCCGCCGCCGCUCUCGGAGAAGGCAGAGAAGCACCUCUCGAUGGCGCCGAGCGCGGUCACCACGCUCCCGCCGUACGGGUACACGUACGGGUCGUACGGGGCCGCGAGCGACUUCGAGCCGUCGGAGUACGACCCGUACACCGGCAUGGGCGACCCCGCGCCCGCGUUCGCACCCGUUGCGGCACCGGCCCAUCCUCCCUUGGGGCACGGGGAGACACUGUCACCUCUGCGGCGGCAGUCGGAGGACUUCGCGGGCUUGAACCACGAGUUCUAG